AUGAAAAUUAAAGCACUUAGUCGGGAGUCUAUUCAGGCCCCAGGGUCUGAAGCCAAACAACCCCGCAACCUUGACCCAGCAUUACAUCCAUUCGAAAGAGCGCGAGAAUACACCCGUGCUCUCAAUGCCACCAAAAUGGAUAGGAUGUUCGCCGCUCCUUUCAUCGCGCAACUAGGAAAAGGACAUGUCGAUGGAGUCUACACAAUGGCGAAGGAUCCUAAUGCUCUUGAAAGAUUCGCAAGUGGCAGUGGUGAUGGUGUCGUGAAGGUAUGGGAUUUAGUCUCUCGGGACGAGGUCUGGCAAACCAGUGCGCAUGAGAAUAUAAUCAAAGGAAUGACUUGGACGAGGGAUCAGAAACUUUUAACUUGCGCAAGUGAUCGAUCAAUCAAGCUUUUCGACCCUUAUAAUACGACUACUGGAUCAGCGCCUGUGGCAACAUGGUUAGGAGCGAAUGCUUUUACAAGUAUGUCGCAUCACCGUUCCAAAAACGCGUUCGCAGCAGCAUCUGGAGUCAUCUCAAUAUACGAUCUCGAAAGACAGAAUGCGCCACCUGAUGUGCUAAAAUGGCCAACUUCAACGGAUACUAUUACUACGGUAGCUUUCAAUCAGGUCGAAACUUCUAUACUUGCUUCCACUGCUACGGAUAGGUCGGUCGUAUUAUAUGAUCUUCGAACUGGACUUCCAAUUCACAAGACCCUUCUCAAUUUUGCCUCGAAUGCUAUAUCUUGGAACCCUAUGGAAGCUUUCAAUUUUGCGGUAGCCAACGAAGAUCACAACGUCUACAUUUUCGAUAUGAGAAAGAUGGAUAGAGCAUUAAACGUUCUUAAGGGACAUGUCGCCGCUUGUAUGGACGUAGAGUUUAGUCCCACUGGUGAGGAGCUCGUCACAGCAUCAUACGAUAGAACAGUCAGAUUAUGGAGCAGGACUAAGGGACACUCGCGAGAUAUUUACCACACCAAGCGCAUGCAGAGAGUCUUUUCAGCAAGAUGGACACCAGACUCGAAAUUCAUCCUUUCCGGCUCUGAUGACGGCAAUAUUCGUCUAUGGAGGGGCAAUUCCUCGAAGAGAGAAGGAAUCAAAUCAGCAAAACAACGAACAGCUUUGGAAUAUAACGAGGCAUUGUCGGCGCGAUUUGCUCAUAUGCCCGAGAUUAGACGGAUCAAUCGUCACAGACAUGUUCCCAGGAUUAUCCAGAAAGCUGGAGAGAUCAAAUCCGAAGAACUCAAGGCCAUCAAGCGCAAACAAGAGAAUGAACGCAAGCAUACCAAGAAACAGUUCUCAAAGAGACGAGCAGAGAGAGAGAAGAUGGUUUUGGCAAACGAAAAGUAA